UUAAUAGCAUAUAUGUAUUGAAUAUUUUUCAGGGCUUGGCAUUUACGCGAGAGGAACGGCAAGUGAUUGGAGUUCGUGGAUUCUUUCCUGCUGUGGUAAAAAGCGAAGAAGAACAAGUUAAACAUUGCAUACUUUUGUCAAAUCGCUAUGAAAAUGAUUUGGAUAAAUUUGUGUAUCUCAUGGAUCUGUACGACCGCAAUGAGCGCCUAUUCUUCCGUGUGCUCACAUCUGACAUUGGUCGAAUGAUGCUACUAGUUUAUACACCAACCGUUGGCCUUGCGUGUCAAAAAUUCAGUUUAAUCUAUCAAUAUUCAAAAGGACUUUUCAUUACGAUUCAUGAUAAAGGUCAUGUUUACGAUAUUUUGAAAAAUUGGCCCGAAACUGAUGUACGAGCAAUUGUUGUGACUGACGGAGAAAGAAUUUUGGGUUUGGGUGAUUUGGGAGCAAAUGGAAUGGGAAUCCCAUUGGGGAAAUUGUCAUUGUAUACUGCUUUGGCUGGCAUUAAACCCCAUCAAUGCUUGCCGAUCACUUUAGACGUUGGAACAAACACUCAAAUUAUAUUGGAUGAUCCAUUAUAUAUUGGAUUGCGUCAGAAACGGGCUACUGGAAAAGAAUAUGAAGAUUUCAUCGAAGAGUUCAUGCAGGCAGUUGUUAGGCGCUUCGGACAAAAUUGCUUAAUUCAAUUCGAAGAUUUUGGCAAUGCCAAUGCUUUUCAUCUCUUAAAUAAGUAUCGGGAUAGCUAUUGUACAUUCAACGAUGAUAUACAAGUAAUUUCAAUUAAGCUUAUAUACACCACAGGCCAUAAGUUUGGAUACCCGUGA